UAUAUAUUGUUUGAGACUUUCUUCUUCUGAUUCAGUUUUGCUGUGAAUUUUCCUUUUUUUUUUUUUUAAUUAAUAAUGUCCCCGGGCAUCAGGAACCUGCAACUGACCCCGGUCGCCGGCGGCCAGAAGAAGUCGUCGUCGUCGUCGGUUUAUGUUGUAGAGGAUGCCGGAGACAUGGAGGAUGUGGGGCUUUUGGAUUCCUACGACAAGCGUGAGGAUCCUUUGCCGAUAAUCGAAGAGGGUACCAGGAGGAUUCACGUUAGAGUCACGGGAAUGACCUGUGCCGCCUGCUCCAAUUCUGUUGAGGGAGCUUUGAGGAGCGUUGAUGGGGUAUUGAGUGCAUCUGUUGCUCUGUUGCAGAACAUGGCUGAUGUUGUUUUUGAUCCGACUUUGGUUAAGGAUGAGGACAUCAAGAACGCAAUUGAAGAUGCAGGGUUUGAGGCAGAGAUCCUAGCUGAAUCCAGCACUAUUGGAACGAAGCUGCGUGGAACUCUGGUUGGGCAAUUCAUAAUAGGGGGCAUGACAUGUGCUGCCUGUGUAAACUCAGUUGAAGGUAUUUUAAGAGCUCUUCCUGGUGUCAAGAGGGCAGUAGUUGCAUUGGCUACUUCAUUGGGUGAAGUUGAGUAUGACCCUGCUCUAAUUAAUAAAGAUGAAAUAGUCAAUGCAAUUGAAGAUGCUGGUUUUGAAGCCUCAUUUGUACAGAGUAGUCAGCAGGAUAAGAUCAUACUAGGAAUUGCUGGUGUUUUUAGUGAGCUGGAUGUACAGCUCUUGGAAAGCAUAUGUAGUGGCUUGACAGGGGUUAGACAAUUUCAUUUUGACCCAGCAUUAGGAGAACUUGAAGUUAUAUUUGAUCCUGAAGUUGUCCAUUCAAGAUUGUUAGUUGAUGGAAUUGAAGGAGGAAGCAAUGGGAAGUUUAAACUUCAUGUUAAAAACCCAUAUGCAAGAAUGACUUCUCACGAUGUUGAAGAAACCUCAAAUAUGUUUCAGCUUUUCACCUCUGGUUUAUUUCUUACCAUCCCUGUUUUUCUGAUUCGAGUUGUUUGUCCUCACAUACCUGUCGUGUAUGCCUUCCUGCUCUGGAGAUGUGGACCCUUCUUUUUGCGUGAUUGGUUGAAGUGGGCUUUAGUAAGUGUUGUUCAGUUUGUUGUUGGGAAGCGAUUCUAUGUUGCAGCUGGGAGAGCUCUUCGCAAUGGUUCAACUAACAUGGAUGUUUUGGUUGCAUUGAGCACUUCAUCUAUUUACUUCUACUCUGUUUAUGCACUUCUCUAUGGUGCUAUGACUGGGUUAUGGUCUCCAACAUACUUUGAAACAAGUGCAAUGUUAAUAACAUUUGUAUUGUUGGGAAAGUAUUUGGAGUGUCUUGCCAAGGGGAAAACAUCUGAUGCCAUCAAAAAAUUAGUAGAACUUGCACCAGCAACAGCAUUAUUAGUCCGAGACAAAGGUGGAAAGUGUAUUGGAGAAAGGGAAAUAGAUUCUUUGUUAAUUCAGCCUGGUGACACAUUAAAAGUUGUUCCCGGUUCAAAGCUUCCUGUUGAUGGUGUUGUUGUAUGGGGUUCAAGUUAUGUAAAUGAGAGUAUGGUAACUGGUGAGUCUGCACCCGUUUUGAAGGAGGUCAAUUCAUCAGUUAUUGGAGGUACAAUAAAUCUACAUGGUGCCCUUCACGUUCAAGCUACCAAAGUUGGAUCUGAUGCUGUUCUGAGUCAGAUAAUUAGUUUGGUUGAAACAGCACAGAUGUCCAAAGCUCCUAUACAGAAAUUUGCUGAUUUUGUUGCUAGCAUUUUUGUUCCAACUGUUGUUGUUAUUGCUUUAUUCACAUUACUGGUUUGGUAUAUUGCUGGAGUUGUAGGUGCCUACCCACAGGACUGGAUACCAGAACAUGGCAAUUGCUUUGGUUUUGCCCUUAUGUUUUCAAUAUCAGUGGUGGUGAUUGCAUGUCCCUGUGCUCUUGGUUUGGCAACUCCAACUGCUGUAAUGGUUGCAACGGGGGUUGGAGCUAAUAAUGGUGUGUUGAUAAAAGGAGGUGAUGCUCUGGAGAGAGCUCAGAAAAUUAAGUACGUCAUAUUUGAUAAAACUGGAACUCUGACCCAGGGCAAGGCCAAAGUUACAACUACAAAAGUUUUCUCAGGAAUGGAUCGUGGAGAGUUCCUUAGAUUGGUAGCUUCUGCAGAGGCUAGCAGUGAACACCCAUUGGCAAAAGCAAUAGUGGAGUAUGCUCGCCACUUUCAUUUCUUUGAUGACAAUUCUCUGAUUGAAGAUGCCCACAACAACAGAAAAGAAUCCCUCCAGUCUGGAUGGCUUCUUGAUGUUGAAGGGUUUUCUGCUGUGCCUGGAAGAGGAGUCCAGUGCUUCGUGGAUGGAAAGCGGGUAUUGGUUGGCAACAGGAAUCUGUUGAGUGAUAGUGGGGUUACCAUUCCAACCCAUGUAGAAAAUUUUGUAGUAGAACUGGAAGAAAGUGCAAAGACGGCCGUACUUGUAGCAUAUGAUGACAACUUAAUAGGUGUUUUGGGGGUUGCAGACCCAUUAAAGAGAGAAGCUGCUGUGGUUGUAGAAGGCCUGAUGAAGAUGGGUGUCAGACCUGUCAUGGUUACAGGAGAUAAUUGGAGGACAGCUAGGGCUGUUGCUAGAGAGGUGGGCAUUCAAGAUGUAAGGGCGGAGGUAAUGCCAGCUGGAAAAGCUGAUGUGGUUCAUUCUUUUCAGAAAGAUGGAAGCACUGUUGCUAUGGUGGGGGACGGAAUAAAUGAUUCUCCCGCUCUAGCUGCGGCUGAUGUUGGUAUGGCAAUCGGGGCAGGGACAGAUGUUGCCAUAGAAGCUGCAGAUUAUGUGUUGAUGAGGAAUAACUUGGAAGAUGUUAUCACAGCCAUCGAUCUCUCAAGGAAAACCUUUUCUCGUAUACGAUUGAAUUACAUUUUCGCCAUGGCCUACAAUGUUAUUGCAAUUCCUGUUGCUGCUGGGGUUUUCUUUCCUUCACUAGGGAUAGAGUUGCCACCAUGGGCGGCAGGUGCCUGUAUGGCUCUCUCUUCUGUAAGUGUUGUGUGCUCUUCUUUGCUUCUCAAGAGAUAUAAAAAACCCAGACUCACCACUAUACUAGAAAUAACUAUAGAGUAGGAAGAGAAAAUUCAAGCAAAUUACUUCAGGUUCCUGUUUCAUAAGAAGGAAAUUGAAGGGUGCAGGCAAAUCUUGAAUAUCCCAAAUUUUGUGUAUUUGUUUCUAGUGUAAAUGCUACUUGUAUGAUAUGAAAUCGCUCCCUCUGUUUGUGUCUCCCUUUUUCUUUUUGUGGACACCUUUUGAAACUUCCUUCCCAGUGACGGAUUCAGGGUAUCAAACCUUUCAAAAAGGAUAGAGCUCCUAAAGCUUCCUCUUUGACCAUUGUUGGAUGAAUAAUUGAAAAUAAGAAAAAUAAGGCAAUCAUGGUUUUGACCCUCAAUUGUUCUUUUUCUUCGCCAAGGGAACCUUAUUGUAUGAACAGAAAAUAAGAAGAAAUACUUUUG